AUGGGCUAUAAGAUUAGAAUGUAUCAGAAACGUGCUUUUGCUGAUGAUAAUUCGUAUGAGGUUGCUUUUAAGCAUCCCAGGCAAAUGGAGCACACUGAUCAGCUUGCUCCUAUUUUUCCACUUGACAAUGUUCACCAGAAACAUCUUGUUUCAGGUGAGGACAGUUUUAGAGUGUGUCAAGAUGUAGGGAUGUCUACAAGUCACUUGGUCACUGAAUGUUCAAAUGGGACCAGCAAGGACUUUGAAACUGGUGAUAGUGGUUGUUUUCCCCACUUUUUGUGGAUCAGCAAUGGGAUUCUUGAAGCAGAUAAUUUAUCAUUCUUCCCUGAAUAUUUUGACCAUGGACACCAGCUCAGGGCUUUACUUGAGCCUGAAGAGGUCUGCUCAUCUCUUGAUUACCCUUUUCAGAAGCCAGUUUCAGUUGGACCAGAGCAUCAAGCUUAUGUUCCAGAGUGGGACUCACAGGCGUCAAGCACCUCCCUGAACCAGCUAGAUGAGUCUAACCUUCAAGUUGCACUUGCACAUUCAUCUAGCCCAGGUGUUAUGAUUGAUGGUGGUUAUGAGGAGAAUCUGAUGGGCACUUGUGUCCUUUCCAUGCCUGAACAGGAAGCAUCUGCAGAUUACUGUUAUGGAGCCACCAAAGGUGACUGUGGGUGCCCUGAUGCAGGCUCUAUCAGAUGUGUAAAACAACAUGUCUCAGAAGCUAGGCUGAAACUCAGGCAGAACCUUGGGGAGGAGAUAUUUGAGGGGUUGGGGUUCUGUGAUAUGGGAGAGGUGGUUGCAAAUAAAUGGACUGCUGAGGAAGAGAAAACCUUCCAUGAGGUUGUCUUAUCUAAUCCUGUAUCUUUAGGCAAGAACUUUUGGGAUAAUCUGUCAGUAACAUUCCCUUCCCGAACAAUAAUGGAGCUUGUCAGUUAUUAUUUCAAUGCAUUCAUGCUCCGGAAACGUGCUGAGCAGAACAGGUUUGACCCACUAAAUAUUGACAGUGAUGAUGACGAGUGGCAAAGAAUUGAGUGUGAAACGGUAGAGGAAGAUGAGGAUUCUGCUGUGGAAUCUCUGACUGGUCAAGAUUCCUCCAUUUAUUGUCAAGAGGACCAUCCAAAGAAGUGCAAUGAAUAUGUUGAGGAUGGGGAUGAAGUUGUUGCUUCAAAAGAAGGUGAUGAUGACAUGGUUCAUAGAGCUGCAACUGAUGAGGAGUACGAGGGAGAUGUAGAUGAUUUUUCCGGAGCACAAGUUGGGAUUUACCAUGGUGAAUGUGGUGGUGAUCCUGGAGCUAAAUAUUUCAGUGGAAUUGCUGGGAACAAUGCAGAUGAUUGCGAUAUUCAAAAUGAUUCAUGCACAUCGUAUGAGCAUCAUCAAGACAGCAUUGAUUGUUACGGUCCACUCGAUAUGGGAACUAAUGGGAGACACUCUACUGUUAUUCUAGUGGUAUAUCAAGAAAUUGAUGUUAUUACUUAUGGAAACUUGGAGAAGCUGAUGACUGGCAUCGGUUUUCAAGGGUCUGGUAGGUCAGAGUUUCCUGGACAGGCCUUUAAAGGUUCACGUGGCUCAGUUAAGGAAGAUUCCAAAUUGACAGUUACUGGUAAUACUACUGCAAAAUCCAGUUUUGGUUGCAAAGUUUUGAACAUGAAGGUGGAAGGCAUUUUGCAAUAA